AUCGUACUUCAUAUUGAGCAAACUUCUGAUAUCUUUCGCCUGAGUAUGUGUUGCCUCCAACUCCUUAAUAUUCAUUUUUUCCACCUGCGAAAGAGCAUUCUUUUGCCUGCUUCCCUCAGAGUAAACCUCCAAUCUGUGACUGUGAAAUCCCCUCGACUUAAUCCCAUGAAUUCUCCACUUACAAUUGCCAUCUAUUUUUACGGAUUGCACCACCACUCGGAAACGACAAUCUAACUUGCCUGUUGUAGAUUUGCUCCGUGUUGUCUUUGCGGGAUCAGACGUAUAUGAGUUGCUCCUACUACCAUGGUUGCAAUCCAUGUAGAUCCGCGGAUUGCCUUCUCCAACGUUUCUCUUGACUGAUGCCACUAUCAAGGAAAAACUAUUACUCAUGGCAAUCUCCUUUGCCGCUUUACAAGCUUGAUCAUGGCAUCAUAAACAUCACUUAGAAACAAUGAUGUGCAAUCAACAUUGUCACCCUCAUUAACUCCGGAUCCACCCUACAAGAAAUACAAGGUAAAAACAUUUACUUGUGCAACAAUUAUGUUACGAUAAUUAAAUUAUAAAAAAUAACUACUUACCGAAUCAUCCAUAAUAGUUUCCUUGUUAGUAAAUGAUGGUGGCACAAGAUUUUUAUCCUCCUUCCUAAUAAACACAAUUAACAACGAAACUUAAUGAACAUAAAUAUUAUAAUUUAUGUGAAUUUUCAUUAAAAAAGGUCCAUGACAUCACAAAAUUAACUCGAGCAUGUUCAAAACUAGACCAGACCAACGGACGGGCAUGUUAAAAACAAGAAAGAACCGUGGGUCGAGCAUGUUGAAAACAUGCCGAGACAGGAGGACGAGCAUGUUGCGAGCAUUCCUGGAGGAUGGAACGGGCAGGUUGACAACACGUCCGUUCCAUGGCUGACGCAGGGUUUCAACAUGUUUGACCACCGGUCGAGGCAGAUUUUCAACAUGCUCGACUUGUUUUCCAGAAGAAAAAAAAAUUGCAAACGAAAUCUUACCUUUAGUCCGAGUCCCUGCAUGUUAUGACGAUCGAGACCGACUACUUCUCUACCUCCGGCAAACUCGUCGGAAUCCGGCGAAAAUUUAUCAAUGUAGAAGAUUGUAGUUGGAUUUUGUGUUGUGUGGUUUGGUUUUAAUUUUUGGUUUGAUAUUUCUGUUUUGUGUUGGAAGAAAGAGUUAAAUGGGUUGGGUUAGAUGGUUGGAGCAUUAAUUCUAGGUGGUUGAACCAUAAAAUUAAAUGAAUGGUUGUUUUGUAAAAUUGUAUGGUUUAGGGCGACGAAAUUUAAAAAUUUAGGGCGACGAAUAGUAACUCUCUAAUUUUACGCAUAUAGGCUAUAGCACAAAAAACACGAGCCCGCGGGAGAUUCGACGACGACGGCGGCUGCAAGGAGUGGAAGUACCACACCAUGGGGAAAAAGAAAGAGAAGAAACACAGGCAGCAUGCUCCGAGAACAGCUUCUUAUUACUACGAUGACGAUUACGGCAAUGGCGGAGAAGAUAACGACGACCCAGAAGGCGUAAUUGCUUCUUCUGCUCUUUCCGAUCGAGAUAAAGACGACGACUUUCCAGAAGACAAUGAACAAGACGAAGCCAACCCAUCUGGCGAUAUUCCUUCAAAGUAUCUCCUUUACCAGCAGUCCGUACAGUCACCCAAAGGAGACAUAAGCUAUUUGCAGAAGUUCUUUCUGAUGUAUGUGGGUGGGAGAGUGCCUCUCCAUUUCCAGGAAGAUUUCUGUGGCACUGCUCUUCUUAGUACAGAAUGGCUGAGGGGCGACUCUAGGCGGACUGCAGUCGGAGUGGAUCUGGACCUGGAGGCACUCGAAUGGUGCACGGAGAAAAACAUAAAUAAAGUUGGUGCUGAUGUAUGUUCCAGAAUAUCCCUCUUCCAUGGCAACGUAUUGCAGCCUCUUGAGGCGAAACUGUUGAGGAGCGAAUCCGACGAACUGAGAAUCAGUACUAUUAAGUUGGAAGAGGGUGGAAUUGGAGAGGAGCCUGUUCCAACUGGCGAUGUUCUCGAUUCUUCUACCGAAGAGGGUUUGCCAUGCUCCCCUGAUGACAAGUACUUGAAGAGAAACCGUCCCCUGCCAGCAAGAGACAUUGUGUGUGCUUUCAACUUCAGCUGCUGUUGUCUCCACAAACGGGCAGAACUUGUUUUGUACUUCAAGAACGUUCUUGACUGCUUGUCCAGGAAAGGUGGGAUCUUUGUGAUGGAUCUGUAUGGUGGUACUUCAUCCGAGCAAAAGCUGAGGCUUCAGAGAAGAUUUCCUAAUUUCACGUACACGUGGGAGCAAGAUGAGUUCGACAUAGUUGCACGAAAAACAAGAAUCAGCCUCCAUUUCCAUCUCCUGAAGCAGCAGAAGAAAAUCCGCCACGCCUUUUCAUACAGCUGGAGAUUAUGGUCAUUGCCGGAAAUCAAAGACUGCUUAGAGGAGGCAGGGUUCCGGUCCGUCCAUUUCUGGCUCCGCAAGAUGCCAGACGUGGAGGAAAGCAGGAGCACGCAAGGGUUCGGUGCAGGACGAGACAUCAAGUACGAGGAGGUCCAGAAGUUUGAGCAAGAGGAUUCCUGGAACGCAUACAUCGUCGCUGUUGCAAACUAACAAACCCCUCUGCUUGGUUCUCCCCUUUUGUUUCAGAACAGUAACUGACAUUGUUAUCUUUUGUUACAACAUUGCCAUUUUCCAAAGAUUUAUGGCAUCUUAAUGCCAUUUCAUUUGAUCAUAACCGCGUGGAGAAUGGAACUAGAAGCAGCAGCUUGGAAGAGACCGCGACAGGCUGGGUAAAGGAAUCCGUCCUCCUUUGCCUUCUCUGCUCGUUAAAAUACUGGUCAUUGUUUUUCUACAGCCGACGAACAUUUUUCACGCGAGAUAUUAAUCAGAGAUAUUAUCGUAAUUUAAUCGGCGAUUACAAGCAUCCAUUCUUUAAUUUUAUUUUGUGUAAAAUAAAAUUGGAAUCUCAAA